AUGUCGACCUUGGAGAAAAUCGACGAGAAGAAGCAUGGGUAUACGCUGGGGACCGUGGCGGAUGAGUCCGGUUCCAUUGAUACCAUCGCGGCUUUAGUCGCAGCGGAUCACCAGCAUGAUAUUAAGCUCCGCACGAUGUCCUGGAAGAAGACCGCCUGUCUGCUCGCAGGCGAACAGGUCUGCCUGGCGAUUAUGGCGCAGUCCUGGUCCCUCUCAGUGCUCGGCUGGGUACCCGGCAUCAUUACGAUGCUUCUCUCGGGGAUUCUGUUCUGGAUAACCUCCAUGACCAUGCACAAGUACAUCAUGAAGUACCCUCAAAUUCUGGAUAUCUGCGACUUCGGAUACCACGUCUUUGGGCGAAGCAAGGCCGCUUAUGUCUUCUCAGCCUUCAUGCUGUUGGCCAAUAAUAUCCUUCUCAUCGGGUUCCAUAUCCUCACGGGGGCCAAGAUUCUCAACACUCUCUCGGACCACUCUCUUUGCACGGCCGUCUUCUCGGUGAUCGCGACCAUUAUGGGGAUUGUCAUGGCGGUGCCGCGGACUCUUCAGCAUGUCAGCUUCAUGUCAAUGUUUUCCUCUGCGUUCAUGGGCCUUGCGAUCCUUCUCUUCCUCAUUUUCGCCGGUAUCGAGAAUGCUCCUCUGUACGGAUACGGCGGCAAUUAUCCGUCUCUAGGGCCGGUCAAGACCUAUGCAUUCCCACUUCCUGGCACCACCUGGGUUAACUGCAUGAACGCCGUACUCAAUAUCACCUUCCUUUGGGUACCCCAGAUCCUCUUCCCUUCAUUCAUUGCCGAAAUGGAGCGUCCGCAAGAGUUUCCCAAGGCGUUGGCCGUCCUGACGGCGAUUUCCGUGAUUCUCUUCAUUGUUCCGCCCGCAAUUGGGUUCCGAUACCUGGGACAGUAUUCCACGGCCCCUGCCUUUGGCAGUCUUGGGGUUGUCUCCUACAAGAAAGCGUCCUUCGGCUUUGUGAUUGUCCCUACGCUCAUCAUCGGAGUGAUCUACGCCAAUGUCACCGCCAAGUUCGUCUACCUGCGCAUAAUGGGCAAAUCCAAGCACGCCCAUAGCCACACCGUCAUUGGAUGGGGUGUGUGGAUACUUGUGAUGGUCGUCAUCUGGGUGCUUGGUUUCGUCUUCGCUGAGGUGAUUCCCAGCAUGGGUGAUUUUUUGUCCCUUCUGAGCGCGGCGUUCGACUCGUUCUUCGGCUUCAUUUACUUCGCAGUCGCUUACUGGCAAUUGAACCGCGGAAUGCUAUUCAGGGGCCCAUUUCAGACCUUGAUGACUUUGACAAACAUCUUCAUUUUGGCCGUGGGUUUGUUCAUGCUCGGCCCAGGCCUGUAUGCUGCGGUCGAGGCUAUCAUCGCCGAUUACUCCGGGUCUACGAAUCCGGCUUUCAGCUGUGCUAAUAUGGCUAUUUAG